UCUGCCUUUUUAUUUCAUUUACCAGUGACGUUGGUAAUUUUUUCAACUUUUGCCAAAAUGGAAAAAUAAUAUUGACUUUUUUUUUUUUUUUAUUCUUCACAAUUUCUUUUCUCCCCGUUGAAUAAUGUGCAGCUAAAGGAUCCAGAGAAAGAUAGGAGGCGAUGUACGCCACGGAGUGUCAAGCGGAAGUCACACCCUCCCACAACAAUGGCAACCGUCAGUUUCAGUAUACACUGGCGGACCACACAAAUCAGGCCUUUCAGAUCAUGAACGAGCUCAGGCUGGGGCAACAGCUCUGUGAUGUCACGCUGAGGGUCAAGUACCAUGAACUUCAAGCCGACUUCGUGGCCCAUAAGAUUGUCCUGGCGUCUAGCAGCCCUGUGUUCAGAGCCAUGUUCACAAACGGACUCAAGGAGUGUGGCAUGGAGACCAUACCCAUUGAGGGUAUACAUCCCAAAGUGAUGGAACGACUUCUAGAGUUUGCCUACACGGCCAGCAUAUCGGUUGGGGAGAAGUGUGUGAUUCAUGUGAUGAACGGGGCAGUUAUGUAUCAAAUGGACAGCGUGGUCAAGGCCUGCUGCGAUUUCCUCAUCCAGCAGUUAGAUCCCAGUAAUGCCAUCGGAAUCGAAAGCUUUGCCGAGCAGAUUGGUUGCCAUGAACUGCACCAGAAGGCUCGGGAAUACAUCUACUUGAAUUUCGGAGAGAUUUCAAAGCAGGAGGAGUUUUUCAACCUCUCUCGUUGCCAACUGGUGAAUUUAAUUAGCCGGGACGAACUGAAUGUGCGCUGUGAAUCUGAGGUCUUCCAUGCCUGUAUAAACUGGGUGAAAUAUGACUGUGAAAAUCGGCGACCUUAUAUCCAGGCGCUUUUACGGGCUGUGCGCUGUCACUCGCUCACACCCCAUUUUCUGCAGCUGCAACUCCAGCGCUGUGAGAUCCUGCGAGGUGACUCCCUCUGCCAGGACUACCUCUCUAAAAUCUUCCAGGACCUCACUCUUCACAAGCCCACCAUGUGCCAACAAGGAAGGAUUCCCAAUAUUCCUCAAUUCAUAUAUGUGGCUGGAGGAUAUUACCGUCAAUCUCUUAAUUUUCUAGAGGCCUAUAACCCAGUGGACGGCGAGUGGCUCAGUUUGGCUCCCCUGGAAAAACCCCGUAGUGGUCUGGCUGGAUGUGUGUUAGGAGGGCUUUUAUAUGCUGUAGGAGGACGCAAUAAUGCCCCGGACUGCAACAGAGACUCAGACGCUCUUGAUUGCUACAACCCAAUGAAUAACCAGUGGUCACCUUGCGCUGCUAUGAGUGUGCCCAGGAACCGGGUAGGAGCUGGCGUCAUAGAUGGGCAGAUCUACGCAGUGGGUGGAUCUCAUGGCUGUUUACAUCACAACAGCGUGGAAAGGUAUGACCCAGAAAAAGACGAAUGGCAACUUGUAGCCCCGAUGAAAACCCCACGGAUUGGAGUAGGUGUGGCGGUGUUAAACAGGCUUUUAUACGCAGUGGGCGGUUUCGACGGGACGAAUAGACUGAGCUCUGCUGAGUGUUAUUACCCUGAGACAGACGAGUGGAAGGACAUUGCAGCUAUGAAUGUUGUACGGAGUGGAGCAGGAGCAUGUGCCAUGGAUACCAGUGUAUACGCAAUGGGCGGCUACGAUGGGACAGACCAGCUGAAUAGCGUGGAAAGAUACGAUGUAGAAAAGGAUACCUGGAGCUUUGUGGCCUCCAUGAAACACAGAAGAAGUGCACUGGGGGUUACUGUGCACCUGGGCAAGAUCUACGUUCUGGGUGGAUAUGAUGGGAGCACAUUUUUGGACAGUGUUGAGUGCUACGACCCGGCCACGGACAUAUGGACAGAAGUUACUCAUAUGAUGUCAGGACGCAGUGGUGUCGGUGUAGCCAUUACCAUGGAGCCGUGCCGUACCGUGGAGCCACGUGCGAGUCUUUUCUCAGAGAAACCCAAAGAUGUCUACCUCCAUGAGAAAGCCACUGCGAGUGGCUGCUGUUUUUCGUCAAACCGAAAAAAAUAAGGCUAAUAAGAAAAUAAUGAGUUAACCAACAGUUGUUCAGUGUUAAAGAAUACAAUUGGAUUUGUUUUUAAUAAGCAGGUUAGAAAACUUGUCUUAAAAAAAAAAAAACUUGCACAGAUGGUGCCAUGGAAACCAGCGACUUUUUAAGGCCAUAUGCGAUAUUAAGAAUACAAGGUGCAGCGUUUUUUGUUUUCUUUAUUUCCCCCUGUGCCUUUCAUCAACGUGAUAUCUGGUCAUAACAAAAUCUUUACAUUAAGCAGUAGGGACUGGCAAUUUGUUUAUCUUAACAUUUAUUAUUUUUUAGAUCGUUCAGCAGUUGAAGAUCAUUUUAAUAAUCACUUUUGACGUGGGAGUAUUUGGGGUCUAACGUCUGAAUUCGUCACAAAACGGGUUGAUUAAACAAAAUAUAUUUUAUACGCUGAAUCAUCUUAAAAACAAUGUUAAUACAACUUGCAUAGACUCAUUUUUUUUAUU